AUGUCUAGCAAAGAUGCUAGUUAUUACGACUACGACCCAUCAAAGGGGGCCGCGAUUGCUUUUGCCAUACUAUACACUGGUAGUUUUAUAUACACACUUUUCCAAUACAUAUGGCUCAAAAGUUGGUUCUGGUUAUUCAUGGUGCUAGCGGCAGCUAUGGAAUCUGUCGGGUACAUAGGUCGAGUGGUCUCGGUAUAUGACACAACAAACAGAAACGCAUACAUUGUCCAAUUUGUUCUCAUUUUCCUCGCGCCUGCGCUUAUGGCUGCGUCUUGCUACAUGGCAAUGGGCAGGGUAAUCUUCCACGUCACUCCCUCCUCUUUCCGAAACAUCAAGAACCUCUGGGUACCACCUCGCUGGAUGACACCCAUCUUCGUAACUUGCGACAUCGUUGCCUUCUUAAUCCAAGUAUUCGGCGCCACCUCCGCCACCUCCAAAGAUCCAAAAGUUGUUCAACGGGGCUACAAUGUCAUGAAAGUUGGUCUGGUUAUCCAAUUAGUAUGCUUUGGAUUUUUCUUGGUCAUUUCUCUGAGAUUCCAUUUCGUCUCGAAGAAAUUUGAAAGUUCAUGGCCGGAUAGACAGUGGAAGAAAUUGUUAAUGGCGAUUAACAUUGCUAGUGGGCUGAUCUUUGCUCGUUCGAUAUACAGAAUGGUAGAAUUCACAACCGGCUUCGAUGGGUAUCUCUCGGUUCACGAAUGGAAUUUCUAUGUCUUUGAGGCCGCAUUGAUGCUUCCGGUUUUGGUUCUGUUCAAUGUAUAUCAUCCUGCGAACUUCUUGACGAAUGUCGGAUGGAGACAACAGAGAGAAAAGUCGCACCUUCCUCUGAGUGGAUCUAGCUUGCAAGAUCUGAGUUCACGGAAGUGA